GGGAGAAUAUGCUUGUCGUAUCACAUUUAGCCAGUGGUGCGAUGAUGGCACCGAGCAGGUUCAAGAGAUGAGAAAAGCAACCUCGGAGUGAAAGGCGGGGAGAAAGAAGAAGUUGGGGGGCCUGACCCUGCUCGCUAUGGGGAUCUGGGUAAGCGUUGAUGGAGGCUCGUUCCUGCGGCUGCUUGGACCGUUCUCAGGCCAGGGCAUGCAGUUUGUCAACGUGGGCUUUUUCUGCAUCGCCAUCGGGGGAGUGCUGGUGCUGCUGGGGCUCCUGGGCUGUUGCGGGGCACAGAAGGAGAGCAAGUGCUUACUGCUCACGUUCUUUUCCAUCAUCCUCGUCAUCUUCAUCGCUGAAGUGGCUGCAGCAGUUGUGGCUCUGGCCUACUCUUCAUUCGCUGAGGGGAUCCUCCGAGCGUGGGCCACCCCUGCUUUGAAGACAGAGUACGGCAGUGAACCUGUGGUGACCAAGAUGUGGAACACGACCAUGGAAGAGGUGAAGUGCUGCGGUUUCACCAACUACACUGACUUUUUGGGCUCCAAGUUUGAAAAAGAGAACGGAGGAAGUCUGCCGCCCAGCUGCUGCACGACAAACAACUCCUCCUGCAACUCAACGGAGGCAGAGCGCAGCGCUGUGAAGGGCUGUUUUGAAAAUAUCCUGCAGAUCCUCAAAGAGCACGCCAACAUCGUGGGAGGCAUUGCAGCAGGGAUAGGAGUUGUGGAGAUUGCUGCCAUGAUCGUGUCCAUGUAUCUUUACUGCCACCUGGACGACAGAAUCCGCUGAGACUUCUGAACUCGAAAAUUAAGGGACUAACUACAUGCAAUUUUAAAUCUGCAAUGUCCAUACAUCACAUACGAGAAGCGAAAAUACAAAGUCAUAUAUAAGUAAUGUUUGUAUUUUAUAUAAAGUUGUGUAAAAAUGUAAAGCACCUUUAG